GUAAAACGGACGUGUCGGUAACGGAGCGCAAAAAGGAUUUUCGAACACAUUUUAAGAAACACCUAAAAAUCUGUGAUUAUGUUGCAGAAGCUGGUAGCAAGACCAAGCUACAUAUUUGCUUAAAUCCAGCAUAGACUAAUUUGAAAAUAUUUCAAGCCAUAACUUAUUUUCGUCAUUCAGAAAGUAAAUUGAAAUCAACGUCGGAUUAGCUGCGAGAAUAAUACAACCAAACACAAAGACGAGCAGCAUUUGUUCACCAACUAGAUUAUAAUUGAAUGCAGAAUCUCGACAAGUUUGAACACAAAAUUUUCAAAACAGCAUGAAGGGUUGGUUUGACGCAUUUCGUGACGACGGUGGGCCCACACUAUAUUCAUUUCCUAAUCGAACACCGGUGACAGGCGAUGUAUCCAUUGUGGCCGUUUCGGUUUUAUUUGCAACAAUUUACGUUGCUUUUCUAGUGAUAUUUCCGGGAGUGAGAAAACAGAAAUUCACCACAUUUUCGACAGUCACACUCAGCUUGUUCGUGGGCUUAGUCAUACUAAUUACGCGACUGGGCUCCGCAUGGCAUGUGGCACACACAACCAUCAUUGCGCCGUACAAGGCGUUCUCGCGUGAGAAGAUGCCGUCGCGGAUAGGCACGCAUAUCGGCCUCAUGCACGUCAAUGUGACGUUGACAGCCAUACCCGUUGGCAAUUGGACAGCGCCGGAUGUGGACUACAAUGAACGAUUCGGAUGGGAGGGUGCUAACGAUAUGAGUGCCAAUUAUCGCGAUGCGUUGAAACGUGGCCUCCCCUUUCCCAUACUCACAGUAGCUGAAUAUUUCAGUCAGGGCCGCGAGGGUUUCUGUUGGGGUGGCCAAUAUCGCGCUGCGGGCUACUUUGCCAGCAUAAUGCUGUCGGCAUCGCUAGCCUCGUGGCUGCUCAUGAAUCUGCUGCUUAUCGCUGUGCCACGUUAUGGCGCUUACAUGAAGGCGCUGACAGGGGCACUGCUCAUUGGCACCAAUAUUGGCUAUUAUUGCUUGCUGCCAAAGCGCCCGUUGAUCAUCUAUUUGGAAGGUGGACGGUUGGAGUUCAAGCUGGGCUGGUGCUAUUGGCUACUACUAGUUGCAGGUAUCCUUUGCUUCAUUUGUGGCGUUUUAAUAUCCAUAAUUGAUUUAGUGUGGCCACACACUUUCUCCACUGUGCUAGAAGUGUAUUAUGGUACGCCCUACGAUAGACACGUUAUACUGGAGGAGUCAAGUGAUGUGCGCUAUCGCAAGCGAAAUGGUGCAAAUGCUGCUGGUAGCUUGGAAGAACCACCAGGCUUGGGUUCGCGCAUUUUGCGUCGACUAUCAUCAAAAGCUCGAGAUCAUGGUAAUGCUGCUGCCUACUACAGCGGUAAUGCUGGUAACGUUGCUGGUGUGUCUUGUGCGGCGGGCGUGAGUGGAGGAGCGUCGGGACCGUUUGCCGCUGGUGCCAUUGAGCAUAAAGGUUACCAGUCUGAUGUGCCAAAAAGUCCAUGGCGAUACCCGUUCCGUCGCUCACAGCAAUUGCAAGCGGCGCGGCCGAAUGCGCGUCUACAGCGCACCAUCUCGCAGGACUCAGGGUCCAGCAUAGCAUCAGCGGCCAUACAUAUUUCGCCAUUACAUAAGCACGCGCUGGCGCGUAUGCUGCCAAAUCCACCGCUGAAUCGCAUUCGAGAUGUGGAGCACUGGUGAUACAGUUGAUGCAAACUUCAUUUGGCUAGUAUUGCUAGGCAAAGUCAGAUAUUUAUAAUUAAAAAUAUAUAGCAAACAUGCGCAAACUAAAGUUGAAAAACAAAUAAUGUGAUAAAAAAUCGAAAAAACAUAAUUAAAAAACUGACAAGUGUAUAUAUAUAAUUACAAUACUAUAUUCUCACAUAUCUAAAUGAUAAAAAUUAAUCAAAGCAAUGAAAGUAUGUAAAUCUGUAUAAUUUAAACACAGAAAAGAAAAACUCUUGCACAUCGACAAACAUGAACUUAAUUGUGAUAAAGCCAUACACCAGGACGGCCAGAUUUAAAUCUGCACUUAAAUUUGAUACAAAAAUCAAUAAAAUCAAAUUCAAAGGCACACACACCAGCAUGUAUAAGUUUAGUUUUUACGAAAUGUCAAGUUAUUUCUCACUAUUGCAGAAAAUCGAAAUACUUAUAUAAGUGGUUAACUAGAGUUUAUCAAACAAAAUUAUUUAUUGAGUAUUGAAAAAAGUAAAAUAAAAAUUAAUAAAAUAUCUCACAUAAAUGUGUAGCCUUUGGAUAAUGAUAAACUUAGUUUAUAAUUUAAUUUAUUUUACCAAUACAUAUUUAAAUUUAAUAAUAUUUAGUUUUAGCUUAAGGAGUGUAUUUAAUAGAUUUUUAAAUUGUUUGAUAUGUAUGACAGUAAAAUUACCGAGAACUAACAAUUUUUGUAAGGAGGUAAACUUUUUUUCGAAUACUGAAAGACCACUCGCAAGAGUUGUGAAACUUGAUUUGCCGAGCUUCGGUGGUUGUAGAAUCGCCUUGAUAUUGAAAACCAGGGCAGUCAACUUUUUUUCGAACUGAUGACAACAGCAACGUACUAGUCAGAUUCUAAAAGGAUUUUGAUAGAACUCGCCACAUUUUUUAUAGUGGGUUCAAGUUUAUACUUUUUGUUCAAAAAUACAAUUUUACUAGGUUAUUUUAGAUAUAUAUAUCAGAACCAGUGCAAAAUUAAGCAUUCGAAAAUUUUGAUCCAACUUUGCGUAAAUGCCAGAUGGAAGAUCAAAUGUUCCACCAACAAUUUUAAGCAUCAAAAUUUCCUAGGGGUCAUACUAGUUAAACAAAAAUUUUCUGCGGAUUAAGGGGGAAGCGUAAAUUCAUUACUAAUGUUUCAUGGAAAAUAGUUAAUAGAUUUUUAAAAAGAUUUUGACUGCUACUCAUAAAUACUUACAUUCGGUUUAGUUUGAACGCGACCUUCAAAUAACUCUUCCUCUUAGGAAAAAAAACGUUGACCACCUUCGUUAUCAAAAUGCCGGGUGAUUCUAUAGUAUUCUGAGUCCCGAAGUUUUACAUUACGACUAGCUACGCACUACUAUCCAAAAAUAAUUAAUCACCAUGCAAAAAGACUUCAGUUUUCCCAUUGUUGGCCCAAAUUUGACUAUAACACCGUGCGACAGUAAAUUUUACACACACAAAAAUUAAUAUAUUCGCGAAAAAAAUGAGCAAAAUAUAGUAAA